AUGAAUAAUCCUCAGGGUCAAGUGAAGGAGGAGUUUCUUGGAGAAAGUUUUUCAUCCUUUUCUGGUGACCAGAAACCAAAUAUGGUUACUCCCCAACCAAUUGAGGGGCUUCAUGAAAAUGGUCCUCCACCAUUCCUCACAAAAACAUAUGACAUAGUUGAUGACCCUUCCACUAAUCAUAUAGUUUCAUGGAGCAUAGGGAACAACAGCUUUGUUGUGUGGGAUCCACAGGCCUUUUCCAUAAGCCUUCUCCCAAGAUUCUUCAAACACAACAAUUUCUCCAGUUUUGUUAGGCAACUUAACACCUAUGGGUUUAAAAAGGUUGAUCCAGAUAAGUGGGAGUUUGCUAAUGAGAGGUUUCUUAGAGGACAAAGGAUUCUUUUGAAGAACAUUAGAAGGAGGAAAGCAAAUCAACCUCAGGCACUAUUAGAGCAAGUUCCAGACCCUUGUGUUGUUGAGGUAGGGCAUUUUGGAUUAGAUGGAGAAGUUGAUCGUUUGAGGCGUGACAAACAAGUUCUCAUGGUGGAGUUGGUGAAACUCAGACAAGAGCAGAAGAAUACAAGAGUUCAACUUCAUGAAAUGGAAGGAAGGCUUAAAAGGACAGAACAGAAGCAGCAACAGAUGAUGAACUUCUUGGCAAGGGCAAUGCAGAAUCCUAACUUCAUGCAACAAUUAGUUCACCAAAAAGAAUGGAGAAAAGAGCUUGAGGAAGCGUUUUCCAAGAAGAGGAGGCGACCUAUUGAUCAAGGGCCUAGUAAUGUUGAAAUAGGUGAAUUGGGCUUUGUUGAAGAUUGCUCAGUUGAGGUAUCAGAUCUGGACCUUGCUUUGAAUAUGGAGGGACAAAGUGGAAGCCAAAAGGACUUAGAGGAAGAUCGUUUUCAACUUGAAAGUAGAGACAAAGACAUUGAUGAGGUGUUUUGGCAAGAUUUGUUUAAUGAGGGUGUUGAAGAUCAAGAUGUGCUAGGUUUUGAAGAUGUAGAUGAUUUGGUUGAGCAACUUGAUUAUUUGGCCUCUAGUCCUAAAUAG